GCUUGUACGGAUGCCGUAGGCGUGUCUUCAAUUGACGCAACGCGUUCGUACGCAGUAGUGGAAACGAGCCUUUAAGAUUUCAUAACUAUUGGAAAUAUGACAUAGUGUUAUGCAACAGCGUGCAUGCUGUUCAAAGGGGACACUAAAAGAGCGAAGGCCGGUGCAGACAAUGGCAGUUGUUGUCACUUGUGAAUUGAUCGUAGGCAGUUCACAGUAAUCAUGGCAGAGAAAUCUGACAAGAAAAGUGACAAGAAAUCAUCCAAAAGUAACAAAACAGAUAAUGAAAACAGUUCAUUUCCUGUGGACUCUAAAAAGCCUUCGAUGAAAACUGCCAGUGAUGUUAUUUCCAGAUUAUUAUGGGAUGAUUCUCUUCCACAGUCAAAAUUCGUAGUUGGCUAUUUGGAUAGAUUUGAUGGUAUUGUUGAGAAAAAGUUUGAUUCCCUUGAUUGGCGGGAUCCAUCUGUUGUUGAUAAUUAUACUUUAGCUUUGCCAAAACAUCGUAUUCAGUAUUUUAAAUAUAAAAAUAGAAAAGUGUGGGACAAAAGGACACGGAAAGAUAUCAUAUUUGGAUCAACUGGAUAUCCGUUAAGUAUUUAUGAUUUUAUGUCUUCUGUUGAUCAAGAACUUUCAGAUUUUCAUGAGGAAGGUCUCAAUAGCACAAAUAAAGAAGCUCAAGGUGAAUCUUCAGAUACAGAAGGCAGUGAAGAAGAGUAUGAUAACUCUGAAAGAGCAAACUUCUUCAUUGCUGCCAGAAUUACAAAUGAAGACACAAUCAAGAAUUUGAAAGAAGUUUCAGAUUACAUCAAAGCUAGAGAUGAACAUUUAGGUAGCUGUUGUAUUCCUCCUGAAAUGUAUCAUUUGACACUUUCCAUUCUGAAAUUAGGCAGCCCAAGUGAGAUUUGUGAAGCCAUUUCAGCUUUGCAGUGUUUGGCAUCAAAACAUUUACCCUUAGCUGUCAUAAAUCUUGAUGGAUUAGAUAAUUUUCGCCAUAGGGUUCUGUAUUCAUGUGUUGAAGCAAAUGAAGAAUUAAUAAAUUUGAGAACUGCUCUUGUUGAUGAGCUAGUAUCCAGGAAAUUAAAUAUAACAGAUAAAUUUUCUUUUGUUCCACAUGUUACAAUAGCUAAGUUAAAUCGACCUGCCACACGAUUAAGACACAACAAAUAUAUAGAUCAGUAUUUUUAUCUGAAGUUUGAAGACAAUGAAUUUGGAAUUGCAGAAAUAAAUACUUUAUAUUUAUGUGAGAUGGGAGAAGCUCGUAGAGAUGAUGGGUUUUACAGGUGUGCAGCAGAAGUAGCUUUAAACUAAGUACAAAUGGCUAGUCAUGUUUAUGAAGAAAAAAGUUUCUGAAGUUCUUCUUAAAUAAGGAUAUAAUAAUAGAAAUUGCAGAUUAUAUGUUUCAUAUGAUUCAUUCAUCUCGUGUCAGAAGACAGUUCAUUAUGUUGUAAGAAAUGGAGUGAAUAUUGUUGUAAGUCUUUUAAUAAUGUGUAAAUCCUCUUGGCUCUGUAUUAGUCAUAGCUUAAUGAACUUAGUGUGCUGAUAUUGCAAUGCUUGAACUGCUGAUAUUUUGCUAUGAAUACAAUUUUAUAUUUGUCUUAUGAUUUAUUGUUUGAAGCAAUGUAUGUUGUUAUUAAAGUAUUAAUUUUAAUGUAUUUUUAAAUAAAAGUAUUUUUAAAUAAAAAACUGAAUUUUUCAAUGAAAA